AUGGCGGUUACGAUUGAUAGUGGACCGCAGGAUGGACCGGAUAGAAUUGUGCCUGAGAAUUCGAGGGAGAGGACAAUGGGUGAGAGGGUGAGGGGGACUGUGAGGGCUUUUACGACGAAGGAGGGGUUGGUGGGGAAUUAUGAUUAUGCUUUUCUCUUCAAACCCAAUCUUCCCUUCAUGAAGAAAUCCAAAAGACGAGCUCCUUUUUUCGGCCUCCAAGAUCGUAUGCCAGUAUUACUAGGUCUUCUUCUCGGAUUUCAACAUGCUCUAGCUAUGUUAGCUGGUAUUAUUACCCCUCCUAUUCUCAUAGCCGGAUCCGCAUAUUUCGACACGAAAACUACUCAAUAUCUCGUUUCUACUUCUCUGAUUGUGUCGGGUGUUCUAUCUGCGGUUCAGAUCACUCGGUUCAAGAUUAUGAAAACACCUUAUUAUAUUGGUACGGGUUUGAUCUCGGUCGUGGGUACUUCGUUUGCCAUUAUUCCUCUUGCUUCAAAGGGAUUCUCACAAAUGUACGCAAAUGGUAUGUGUAAAACGGCGGAAGAUGGAACGCCAUUACCUUGUCCGGAGGGUUAUGGUGCAUUACUUGGAACAGCGUCAUUAUGUGCACUUCUCGAAAUAGGACUCUCGUUUAUGACGCCUAAACUUCUCAAGAAACUUUUCGCACCGAUUGUUACGGGUCCAACGGUUAUGCUGAUUGGUGUUUCGCUUAUCCUGACGGGAUUGGAAGGUUGGGCUGGAGGAAGUGGAACUUGUAUGUCGAGACCUACUUCGGGGGAUUAUAUGUUUUGCCCUUCUAAUGCUGCACCGCAUCCACUUCCUUGGGGAUCUGCUGAGUUUAUCGGUCUUGGUUUCUCGGUCUUCAUCACUAUUAUCAUUUGCGAACGUUUCGGAUCGCCAAUUAUGAAAUCUCUCGCUGUGGUUCUCGGUCUUUUGGUCGGUUGCAUUAUCGCAGCUGCAUGUGGCUAUUUCGACAGCAGUGGAAUUAAAGCAGCUCCGGUCGCUUCUUUUAUCUGGGUUAAGACUUUCCCACUGAGCGUCUACGGUCCUUUCAUAUUACCUCUUCUAGCUAUCUACCUCAUCCUCAUGAUGGAAGCUAUUGGUGAUAUUACCGCCACUUGCGAUGUAUCUCGUCUCCAAGUCGACGGUAUCCUCUUCGAUUCGCGUAUUCAAGGAGGUGUCCUCGCAGAUGGUCUUAAUGGCAUGUUAGCCGGCCUCUGCACCAUCACCCCCAUGUCAACCUUUGCUCAAAACAACGGAGUCAUCGCCUUAACGCGUUGCGCCAACCGCAAAGCCGGGUUCGCCGCAUGCUUUUUCCUCGUCGUCAUGGGUGUCUUUGCCAAGUUCGCAGCGGCGAUCACGUCAAUCCCGAAUGCGGUUCUCGGCGGCAUGACGACCUUCCUCUUCGCGAGUGUAGCGGUCUCGGGUCUGAGAAUCAUCUCGACCGUGCCGUUUACGAGGAGAACGAGAUUUAUCCUGACGGCGAGUUUGGCGUUGGGAUAUGGAGCGACGCUCGUGCCCACGUGGUUUUCGUACGUUUUUACGUAUACUGGGGAUAAUAGGGCGAAGGCGGGAUUCUUUGAUGCGAUUGUUUUGGUGAUGGAGACGGGGUUUGCGGUCACGGCGUUUGUGGCUGUGGCGUUGAAUUUGGGGUUGCCGGAGGAGGAUGAGGAUGAGGAGGUGGAGAGUUUGGCGGGGGAUUUGGGGGAGAGGGAGGCGGAGGAGAGGGCGUUGGAGGGGAGGGUGGGGGAACAAGGGAGUGGGAGUGGAAGUUUUGAGAUGGGGAAGGCGGGGGAGGUGGGGUUGGGGAGGGAGGGGAAAUAG